CACUCACUCGCUUUGUAACUUCCAUUUCUUCCUCAAUUUUGACUUGCAACUACUGGUCACUCUAUUAACUCCUGAUUAAUCCUGUAUAUAUACAACUCCCACCUCCCUUAUCUCUCUCAUCAAUCAUUUUUCAGCCUUUCUUUCUUUCUCUCUCUCUUUCUUCUCACCUGAGUCUUGAUUCAUUUCAUACUGGCUAAUAUUGUAUUUCAGAUCUUCUAUACUAUUAAUCAUUCAUUACUUGAUCUAAUUUACUGUCUUGAACAUGAUUAUAAUCAGGGAAGUCUGGGCUUCUAAUUUAGAUUCUGAGUUUGAAUUAAUCAGAAAUCUGAUCGAAGAUUACCCUUUUAUUUCUAUGGAUACUGAAUUUCCUGGGGUCAUCCACCGACCUCCCCCACACCACAGCAACAACAAGAAGCAUCCUCAUCCUCGUCCCUCCUCGUCUGAUCUUUACCGGCUCCUGAAAUCCAACGUUGAUGAUUUAAAUCUGAUCCAAGUGGGCCUCACCUUAUCCGAUGCUUCUGGUAAUCUCCCUAAUCUGGGCACUCCCAAUCAAUACAUCUGGGAGUUCAACUUCUCAGACUUCGACGUAGAGCGUGAUCCGCACGCGCAUGAUUCCAUCCACUUACUAACCCAACAAGGUAUUGACUUCGAGAGGAAUAAGAAGGAAGGCAUUGACUCCAUUAACUUUGCCCAGCUCAUCAUGUCUUCAGGUCUCGUUUGCAAUGACUCUGUUACCUGGAUCACCUUUCACAGCGCCUAUGAUUUUGGUUACUUGAUUAAAAUCCUGACUCGCCGCCACCUUCCGUCCAAUUUAGACGACUUCUUAAGGCUGACCAGAGCGUUUUUCGGGUACCGUGUUUACGAUAUAAAGUAUAUGAUGAAGUUCUGUAAGAGCUUGUAUGGUGGCUUAGACAGGGUUGCUAAGACUCUCCAAGUCAAGCGUGCUGUUGGCAAGUGCCAUCAAGCAGGCUCGGAUAGUUUGCUAACUUGGCUGGCGUUCCAGAAAAUGGUUCAACUCUAUUUUCUAAAUAAUCUUCCCGAAUAUCACGCUGGUGUCAUCUAUGGAUUAGACCUCUAGAACAUCAACAAUACACAUCGAGUAUUAAUUAUUCAUUAAUUCUUUGUUUAGUCGUUAAAUUAAAUGAUCAACUAUGUUAUCAACUUAUCAAUCAAUGUUGUAAACUUGUACAUUAGUCUAGUUUCAAUAUUUCAAUAUGAUAUUCAUUUAUUACAUAUUGUGCUAAGAUCAAAUCGACCAACAUACAUAAUCAUCAUUGGAGUUUCUUGUCCGAUCCAAUUGAUAGAUUACUUGUAUAAUAAACCCAUAUAUUGCAUCAUCAGUUUCAUCUA